AAAGCCAUGAUUCCUCCGGGGGAAUGCCUGUAUGCUGGGAGGAAAAGGAGGAAACCCAUUCAAAAACAAAGGCCUGCAGUUGGGAAUGAGAAAUCCAAUCCUUCAAAGAGACACAGAGACCGCCUGAAUGCAGAACUGGACCACCUGGCCAGCCUCCUUCCUUUUCCACCUGACAUCGUAUCAAAGCUGGACAAACUUUCUGUCUUGCGCCUUAGUGUCAGCUAUCUCCGAGUCAAAAGUUUCUUUCAAGCCAUUCAAGAAAAGCACUUUAAGAAGCAAGCUGGUCAAACGAUAAAAGAAGACAAUAUAUCUAAUAAGACUGCUGUACAAGAAGGUGGACUUCUACUGGAAUCACUGAAUGGUUUUGCCUUGGUGGUGAGUGCAGAUGGAAUGAUAUUCUAUGCAUCAUCAACAAUUGUGGACUAUCUAGGGUUUCAUCAGACUGAUGUAAUGCACCAAAACAUAUAUGAUUACAUUCAUGUGGAUGACCGCCAGGAUUUUUGUAGACAACUGCACUGGGCCAUGAAUCCUCCCCAGAUGUUUUCUGGACAGCAACUACAGUCAGAAACAGGAGAAGAAUAUAUUCUCAGUAAAUUGUUCAAAGCACAGGAGAAUGACAGCAUGACAACAGAUUAUUCUUCCUUUCUAACUCGCUGUUUCAUCUGUCGAGUUCGCUGCUUGUUGGACAGUACUUCUGGAUUCCUUACAAUGCAAUUCCAAGGCAAACUAAAGUUCCUCUUUGGACAAAGAAAGAAGUCCUCAUCAGGAACAGUAUUGCCACCUCAGCUGUCCUUAUUCUGCAUAGUGGUACCACUUCUGCUCCCUUCUGUGACAGAGAUGAAGAUGAAAAGCCUGCUUGUGAAAGCAAAACACAAAGCUGAUGAUGCAGCAGCAGCGAACACAAACUCCAGUUCAAAAGGAAGUUCAGGAUUUUGUGAAGCAACAGAAUUAUAUGGAAGAAACAAUCACCAUGAAGGUGCUGCCUUCAGUAAUGCAUUACAGAUUGCUGAAAACCAAAUCAAAGCAAAGAAUAAUGGAGAAAAUGGCAUUUCUCUAGUCAAAGUACAAACAAAUGAAGAUCACUGGGUCUGGGUUCAAGCUAACACUCAACUUCUGUAUCGAAGUGGUUGUUCAGAAUAUGUCCUUGCCCAACAGCAAAUGUUAAAGGAAGAAGAUGAACAGCUGAAGAUACUAAAUGGUUUUGCCAGUUUGAAAGGAAAUCUGGAGGGACUUUCCUAUAACAGUGCCAUUGAAACUCUGGGCCAGUGGAAGCAUCUUAACUGGGCAGCAGUGAAGAAUGAACAAGAUAAUGUAAAAGUGAAGUUUGAGCCUCAUACUAAUGGUGAGUGUUUUAUGCAAGAGGAACCUCUCAGUUCCAACACAUCAGUUUUAGGCAUUCAAAACAACUGCACCACAAACAGUAGCUGGACUUUAAGAAACUCAAGUUCUUGUUCUAUGAGCCAGAGACUGAACAUGUGCCCAAACAGGAGAGCUGGAUCAUUCUACAACAGAGACCAAAAUUUCUUAAAUUUGGCAUCAACUUGUUCUUCCCACUGGGGGAGUGCAGAAAAUGGCCAGUCUUACUCGGGGCUCCAACAGCGCUGUGCAGAGAACUAUGCAACAGACCAUCUGAAGCUGCAGAGACCAUUAAUAUCCUCAGAGUCUCUUUAUGACACAGCCAUUCCCUUGGAGAUGCCUAUCAAAACAGAAUAUGACUCUGAUUCUGAAAACAUUGCCGAUAACUACCUGCUUUCGCAGAGCCGAGCCUGGCUGGAUGAGAGCGGCUCGGUGAGAAAGCAGGUGUCCAGCUAUCCAAACAGAAUGCACCUCAAAACAGAACCGGACCUCUGCGAGCCAGCCUUGCCCUGCCAGAAGUCAAGGCACUGCCUUUAUACACCCCAUAAUUGGCAAUGCAUCAUAGCAAACCAUCCCAACAACCUGAACUUGAACAGAGCUUGCAAGGGUUCACGGAACAAGGAGAUGGCCCCAUUUUUCCCUCAGAGCUCCUCCGCGUGUUUGGAGAACAUGCCUGACCUGCCACACACAGCUUGCUACAGCCACUUCUACAGCCCCAGCCCAGGGGAGGAGAAAGAGCAGGUUAAUGAGGGGUUCAAAAUGCCAUGUGAAUUUAAAAAUCCUUGCUUGGUUCAAGCAAUCAAGCGUGAGCCCCUUGAUUCUCCACCAUUGUCCAACAGUGGACAGAACACAGUACAUGCGAGCUUCCCUGAAAAUACAUUAGCAGGUCCUGUGCCUCGUAAAACCACUGAAUGUACAUUUUUGCAAUAGAUUUUAUAACUUUUGAAAUAUUUAUAAUGUUAAAAGCAAGAAGUUGUAGAUUCUCUUCCAGCUGAGUUAAAUGACUUGCUAAAAUCAAAAGCCAGUGUAAAGAUUUUGAGUGUGAGUGUGUGUGUGUGUGUGUGUGUGUGUGUGUGCACCUGUGUGUGAAAAGAAACAAGACACAGGUACACACAUCCUAUCCCUCGCUACUGCCCUUCUCUUAGUGAUCUUUGGAAAGAAGAAAGAAAUAUAAAACCUCAGGCACAGAAAAAUAAUCAUUACUUGCUGCACAGGUAUACCUGAUAAUUUUUCUUUAUCACCUUUCCUCUCGUCUGCAGUUCAUUAGCAAGGUCUAGCAAUUUCUGUUUCCUUUGUUCUGUUUGUUUUUCUCAAGCUGAUGUGAUGCCUCUGUGCAAAUCAAAAAUGUUUAUGGUCUUCAGUGUGGCCAGUUUACCAUAGGAGUUUUUGCUUUAUAAUUUUUUUUCUGCUCUUAUAAGAAGGACCAGCUAUUCCUUCGUCCCAGCAUUAAAUUAAUGGCUGUAGGAAAGAGCUUCCCAACACAACUUCUUAAUUUAAAAGGACCACAUUAGUAAAAACAAUGGCUUGCAUAAAUACAUUAGAAAUUAUUUCACUUCAAACUGAAGUUACUCCUAAUUUUCUUGAUAAUAUUAUUGGUUUAGAAUCCAUAUUUUUCUGUUUCAUUGCCAUCAGCCUUUCACAUUGCUGCUGAAAGACUGAACAAUGGGAUGUAAUCUACUUCUAUAAAUGAGUUACAUAAUGCUAUUAAGUAUAUGUGAGAACAAAGUAUUUCUCUGAUUAUUUUCCUUGCUGUUACUUGUAAUAUCAACAAAGGAAACGCACUUUUUUACUUGAUAGUAUUUCUUUGACUGAUAGCAGCUUGUUAGAUAUUGUCACCUUACAUCAAAACCAAAUCCCACACUAAGAUUAUUUUCAAAAACAUCCUAGUUUUGAUCCCAAAAUAAACUCUUAAUCUGAGAGGUGGAUGUAUACCUUUCAAAAGCACUUCAGUGCACUUUAGUGCUUUUGAAAACAAAGUAUAUACUUUUCUUUAAACCCAGACAGUUAUGUGUUUCCAUAACAAAAAAAAAUAAAAAUAAAGUUAUAUUUUGGGUUUUGUUAUUGUUGUAGUUUGACUUCUGCACUAACUUUUCUUUUAAAAUUGCACUAUUUCAACUUUAUAUCAACUUCACCUAUAUAACAACCACAUCAUUUAAAAACAAAGCUUAGAUGUAUGUAUAUGUGCUUUUUGAAAGAAGCCCUGUAAUGAAUGUUUUCUUUUUCAAAAUGUUAUAAAUAAUUAUAAUGUAUUCCUUUAUCUAUUAGUCACAAAGGGCAUGGCUUUCGAUGCCAGAUGAGUGGCAUAAAAUUCUCCCAAAUGCUUUAAAUAUGUGGGAUAAGUGAAGUUUUCAGGUAGUGCAAUGGUUCUGCACCUGGGAGGCUGCUUUUCUCCAAGAAGAUGGACCAUCUUUUCUGACAGAAUUUACUGCCUGUAUUUUAGAGUUGGCAGGUGUAAAGAUACGCAUUCUCUGCAUGCCAGUUAAGUGCUUAUGAAGUGUGGUAUGAAAUGCUGCACACUGGACAGUAAAGAGGAGCAACAACAUCUUACUGUAUGUAUCUCAGGUUAAAUCUCUCAUUGUCCAGUUGACCAUAUCCAAGCCAUGAGAAUGUUUCAUUUUCUGUGUCUGAGGUAAAUCAGCUCCCUGUUGGCCAUGUGCUGCCUCUUAUUUGAGACAAUCUUGAUAUCCUUACUUUAAUACUCCUGCCAGUGGUUGCAAUGCAAUUUCAGAACCCGUUCUGAAGUGAGACCGCAGUGUGGAAUUCACACUAAUCUCCAGUACACCACUGUCCACAUCACAUAAAUUCAAGCCAAAUGCAAAAAUACUUGUGGGCAAGCAAACUUGUUCCUUGUGCAGAGUAAGGCUGCCAUAAAUCAGUGUUGCUGCACAACCUCUGCCUCAUUGCUUCCCUAUCUACAUAAUUACAAGCAGCAGUUCUUUAGACUCUCACAGAGUUGCUGUCAUAGUCCUUUCCUCAGCACAUAGAAGUGGCUCUGCCUAUGUGCUGGUGCCAGACACUCUGCCAUGUGCCUCAAAGCUGCUGUUGGGUUGUGCUAUGAACCCUGUAAUAUUCUCUAGUCCAGCUCCUUGUGCAGCUGCCCCGCAGAAACGAGGUGAUGGGGAGACAGGGUAGUGUGGGCACCAAUGGCUGGAGGACACGUCUGCAUGACCUCUGGAAAGCUGCUUGUUUAAUUCCACACUUGGAAUCACUGCCACAACCCUCUGAAUGAGAGUACCUGGGCUCUGUUUUACACUGCCUUGCACUGCGUCACAUCAUUUGAAUUAAUGAAAUAUGACUGUAAAACACUGUCAUCUUCAUCUGGACAUGCUGGUGCCAUUUCGCACAACGGGAGUGGUUGCACCAUGUGCAACUCUGUAGAGGACUAUGCCACCAAAAGCCUUGUUUGUGCUUAGAAAUAUUACCUGCUGUGACUACAGUGGGAGUGGGAGAACUAAACCAGCCAGGUUUCUCUCUUCAGUGCAGAAGCAAUUUAUACUAACAAAAGGAAUUCUCUAAAGUUCUCCCUGUUACAAAAUCCAUUCUUGUUUGUUGACGUAGCUCUAUCUGCUCUCAGGCUUUCCUGGCACAUAUGAGUUAAAAUCAUUUUUCUCAUGUUUCCAACAAACCCAGACAUAUUUUACACAUCUGGAUCAAUAUUAUAGAGAUAGGUGAAGCUUCUGCAUGUAAUAAUCUAAGAUGUGAGAUGUAAUGGGCUUCUAGGUGGAUGGUUGAAUGUGUGACUCAAAAGUGAGAUGUCACCUUCUGACUCCCUGCUGUGUAAAUGCAGUCAAGUUUGUUUCCUUAUUAUUCCAUAAAGUCUGAAGCCAAGAAAAACACACUUAUCCUGCACAUCACAUUUGAUUUUGGCCCACUUAAUUCAUGGCUGAGUUCUUAUUUCAGUCUCACAUGAAAACAUGUGGUAUCAGUAGAAUUUCUUCUAGUCUAAAUUAUCACACAUGCAGUAGAGCAAUCUCUCAAGAACUGGGCUCAUGAAGAGAUCAGCAGUUUAUCCUCUUUUUGGACAAUUGCUAACCAUUGUUGGAAGCAAACAAAGACCACUACCUUCUAAGUACCUGGAAAGAACAGAGGAAAUAAAUGCUUAAAAUAAUCUCUUGCCAUUUGUGUUAUAAAGCACGGAUCUGCCUUCAUCCUCUCCCCAUGAUAUGUGCCCUGGAUUGAGUUGGGACUGAAAUCUGACAAUGCAUUGUACCCUGCUAAAUUACCACUGAUUUAAUCUUACAAAACUUUUUUUGUGUGCAGACAUUAAUGACCCCCUGGCACUGACCAGUAAAUAGGAUGGAAGACAGAGCAGUUCUUUCAAAUGGUUACAUUUUCUUAGUGGUUGUUGCUGCUUUGGUAUUAUUCUAAAAGCUAGCACUGAGAAGUAGGGUUUAAGAUAUGUUCAAUUGCUGGUGUUUGUUUAGCUUUUAGCCUUAAUGAACUGGUAUUUGUAUCCCUUCAGCACAACCCUAAAGUCUAUUUUAGGAGCCUCCCAAUGCAUUUAUUGUAGCAACAAUAAAAAAUUAUUCUUGUAGAAGAAAUGCCUAGUCAAAUGGUUGCCUAAUAGGAACUUGGAGCAUUCAGGCUGAAAGAAAUGCCUGACUGAUAAUAGCAUUCGAACUUCCUCAGCCAUAAACUCUCCAGAGGUUGAGACAUGGAGAAUGAACUCAUGAAUUCCCUGAUCUUUGAUGAGGGUAUAUUUUGGUAUGGAAGAUGAGCAGUUCUAAAAGCUGUGAGAAGGUGUCUCCCCCUGGGAUGUCACUUGAUCCACAGAAAGCAGACCAUUAUCAGUGCUAAAGCUGCUGAUCAAAGUCUACUGAGAAUGUGACCUGAUUUCAGCUGCCAGUGGACAGCUGUUGAACACCAUACAAAUGCUAGUCCAACACUUUUGAAAGCUACUACUUUUACUGAGGAACAACAUGAUUUGAGCUAGGAGUAAGCUCAAACAACAAAAAGAGUGGAUUUUCCUGUACUUAUGUAGUGACUGAAACUGGGGCAGACCUCCACUGUAGGUAAUGUUAUAAAUAAUUUGCAUUGACUUUAAAGUCUUUGGAUAACAAAGACUUCCUCUUUCAGAGUUUUCUUUCAAAAAUUCUGAGUGAGGGCAGCACUAUGUGAGUGAUAAGCUUGUUUCAGUCAUCCUCAGUUCAGAGAUUUAACAAGGGAAAUGAAAGAUUAAGGGACUGUACCUAAAUUCACUGUAGGAAAGACUAAUUUUCUGCUCUUUGAUUGUAACAUGGUAAUGCAAAGUCUGCGGUUUACCCUCCCUUCAUUGGAACAGUCAUGUAUUCUUAAAGUUCUUACAUCUGAAUCUGCUCUGGAUGGUAUAGGGAAGUCUGACAUUUGAGCAUCAGUCAGUUCUGUAAGACUUUAGGUGCUGAUCCUCUGAUCAUUUGAGAUUGACGGGGCACGUGCAAUUCUUUCCGGAAAUUCCUAGUACUUAAAAUACUUAAGAGGCAACAAGCCUGAGGCAAGGAAUAUUAUGUGGGAUAAGAUCAGCUUCUGCUGCCUAGAAGCUUUUCUUAACUCGUGUUGAAGCCAUACUGGAACUUAAAUAGGACAGCCUCACUCAUUGUAGUUAUUUCAGGAAACCCAUUAUAUUGUCUUAAAAAGGUGUUACAUUUUAAUUAAAUUUAAUAGUUAAAAGGCAUCAUUCCCCCUACCCAUGUACAUAUAUUGCCUUAGGUAGUGGUAAAAAGAUUAACAUAUUUCAUUUAAGAGUCACUUAGCAAAGAAAACCAACCUCAGAAUAUCAGGGCUAUAGAUGUGUUCUAUUUUUCUUGUCUUCUGUAUCUGCUAAUACCUUCUCUGUUUCUCUACUCCCUUAGGGUGUAAACAUUCAAAAUUGAAAUAUUUUUCUAAUCAUACUGAGACAAAAAUCCUAAACCUAAACUAGACUGUAGAAAGUUUCUCACUAGAACAGGAGUUUCUUUCCUUGGAGUUUCUUGUUUUAGGUCUUGCCAGGUGCUAUGAGAAAUUGUGUCACAACUGAAACAGGUGUCUGUAACAUGUAGAGAGCAAGAGAUUGUGCAGGUGGCCAUGCUCGGGAUGUAAUCACAAGGCUUUUAUCCAGCUGAAGGAGAUUCAUACACAAAGACUGCACUGGGUAGCUUAUACUCUACAUUUCAUAGGCACUACCAUCCUGACAAACAGAUCUUUGUCAUGGUUCAGUGACAUCUGGCAUGUUCUUGUCACUAUGAUUACAUUUCCCUACCAUGCUAUCAGAAAUGCCUCUGAACAAAGUCAUCAGUGACAGGCUGAAAUAUAUUCGAAACACACAUAGUACUUUUACAAAAAAAAUAACCCAAAUGUCUGGAGAUGCUUGUGCCUAGGCAAAGAUGUCCUUUGAGUGGAAAUUUGGAAGUAAAAAAAAAAAAUGUUAAGGCUAAUUUUGGGGCGAGAAAAGAUAUACUGCCAUCAAGGUGUAACUAUUCUGUGACUACAACAUUAAUUCUUCAUCCACUGUUAAAAAUUCUGUGAUCUGAAAUAACUUUUUUUUUUUUUUAAUUAUUUUGUAACUUUUGGGUUAAAAAUAAUUUACUGAAAACAAGGAUUGAGUCAUUCCAAUGCUAAGAUACAUUUCUCAAUCAGACUGAAAACAUCAUUAUAAGAGGCAUGAAGUGCUCCUGUUCCUUUCCUGGGGCUAGUUUUCCAAACUCUGGCAAAUUCGGUGUGUGCAUUAACUCUCUUGCUGCUGGUAAUUGUGCAGCUGAUGCUCUAACUAUGCAGUCCAAAGUUUUUCAAGAUUUCCUUGAUGCAACAGGGCUCCAGGGACAGCUCCAGUUUCAUAUUUGUAUUGGUAGAAUUAUGGUAAAUAAAGAUGUGGCAGGAGGCAAUAGAAAGAACAUCAGCUGCUUGGCUGGUCUUAUUAAUUGUAUUUCAACAAUUAAAAGGCUAUGUAAAAAAAAAAUCAGGUGAAGUUCUGGUCUAGACCACCUAAUUUUGCACCACAGGAGGGUGUGAGAUCUCCCUUCUGAACCUCUUUUUUCCUCCCCCUUUUUUUUUUAAGAAUUUGGACUAUGUAUAUCUUCCCUGUGCUAAUUUAAAAUGUGAAAUAAGGAGAGGCAAGCAUCAAAUAUUGUAAUUUUUUUUUGUCUUUCUAAAAAGAGCUUAAAAAAGGCAAAAGUUAUCUCAGUUCUCAAUAAUAGUAUUCAGUUUUGUUUCUAUUCUCACCAUAGCUAAGAAGAUACUUCCUCUUCAAGGUCAACAAACUUCCCUCUUCUGAAAGGGUUCUUCCUCACACCCUCUCCUCUCUGAGCUUGACAAAACCAAAGAACACUUUCUUCCUUAAAGGCAAUUCCCUUUUCCUUCUCUAGGUUUUCCACCUUUUUGAUUGCAUAGGAUUGUACAUUUUGGUCUCCAUUCUUUCUGUUUUCUGUGUCUGUAGCUUUAUUUCCACUUUAGGCAUACUUCAAAAGUUUUGACAAAAGAACAGUGUUAGGCAGAAGUGCAAUCCCUCACAUCCUCCCUCCUCUUUAAUAUGAUGGAGGUACUCACUAAUAGCAGCUGUACCCCUACACCAGAAAAAAGGUCUGCUGGUGAAACAUCCUCUUUUCAGGAGUCUGUACUGCCAAGAAACCCCCAGCUAAGUGCUGCAAAGUGUGUAUACAAUGCCAAAUCCUUUUUCCUUUAGACAAAAAUCCUUUUUCUUUAGAACUUUCUUUAGGUCUCUCUUUCAAAAAAUCAAGGAACUAAUUUUCUCCUUUUUGCUUUCAUUUUUUUCUACAUGGGUUUAUUCUUUCACUGUGGAAUUGCAAUUUAAUUUGCAAUUUUAAUUUUUUUUUUUUAAUUAAGGGUAUGGAAGCAUUACAUGGCAUGUACAGUGCAGUGUUUUCAAUCAGUCCAUUUCAGAUUUUGAGAUUAGAACCACAAAUAAUGAUCAAGCAUUUUAAUGUGACCCCAUGUAAAAGACUGACUGUUACAGAAAUGUCCAGGUACCAAUAACACCAUCACCAAAGGCGUAUCACCUGCCACCACACUCCACUUACAAUCCUGUAUUAAAAGUGCCAUUUCUGCUUCUCCUGAAGAAACACAGUGGAGGACAGGAUUAGCUCUUAGCAAUCUGUUCUAGUGGAAGGUGUCCCUGCCCAUGGCAGGGGGGUUGGAACUGGAUAACCUUUAAGGUCCCUUCCAACCCAAACCAUUCUAUGGUUCUAUGAUAAACAAAUAGGCGCACGGAGUUCUACCAACAGUUUUGGUAAAACUGGUAUCUGGUAGUGUGUAUUUGGUAGUAUCUGGCACUCCAUGAUUCCCCAAAACUUUUUUUUUGGGGAGGGUGUAUUUCUACCACUAUUUGAAAAUGUUCUACAUGAUGCAGGUAAUGCCUGCACUGGGGCAUUACCUUCAUCUGACUGAGGCAUGAACGCUGCCCAUCUGGGGAGAUGAAACAACAGACAGGUGCAGCUCCAGCCCCGGGGAAGGCAACCCAGGGAAACCUGUGGGAUCACCUUUGGUAAUGUGUAACCCAACCAGCAGCACUGGCUGUGCUGCUGUGUGCAUAGGAGUAUCAUAGGUGUCACGGUAUAUCACUAAUAUACCUGUAAAACAUAUUGUGGCUGAUUCAAACCAGGCAGUGACCUGUGGAUUUGAUGUUGUUUAAAACCGGCACAUUUUUCUGUUGUGUUUUGUACUGUCUCCUCAGCCUGCUUUUAGAAGGAACUUUCAAGCAUACUUCUUAAAUUAUAUUUUACAUUUAUUACCAGGCAGAAGCAUAAAGCUGAGACAUUUUCAAAUAAAACGUUUGCAUUUAAAUUAAA